AUGGAGCGGGGAUCCCCCGACCGACCGACUGACAGACCGACCGACAGCGCGCCCGGCCGGCCGCCUUCCAGCGCGGGCAGCACCGCCCGCAGCGCCACGGCCGCCGCCCUCAGCCCGCCCCGCCGCAGGGAAACUGAGGCAGCCGCCGCCGCGCGGGUGGGGGUGGCCCGGCACGGGGGACAAAAAGGCCUCUCUUUGCUAGGGUACCACCUGUGCAACUACACCCUGACCAAAAGUGUGUUUAAAAUGGUUGCCUACCAAAAGGCCUAUGAGAAGAAGGCAUCCUGUGGAGGGUGGAUCCCAUGGAUGGUGUGUCCCCAGACACACCACAGAACAGAGUUCCACAGUGUUGAAGUCCCUGAGACCAUCACCCUCACAGAUUGCUGUGAGGGAUAUGAGCAAGUUGGACUCUACUGCUCUCUAGCCUACACUGCAGGGAGGAUGUUCUGGUACAACGUGACAGUGCUUGUGAAAAUGGAUUUCAGUGAAUUGAUCCGGGUGGAUUCCCACCUUCUGAAUCAUUCCCGCCUCUUGCACUCCAUGAUCACUGGUGCAUUGCAGCCCCUGAAUGCCUCUGUGCACCACAUCCAGAGUAACCAUGGGGACAUCUACGCUGGGACAGUGGCCUCCCAGCUUCUCCUGGGCCUGCAGCAUCCAGCUCCUCUGGCAGAGGUCUCCUCCUCCCUGAAGGCCAUGGUGAAGCGCGUGUAUGAAGUGAUUGACACACAAGUGCAAGAUGUCAAUGAAUGCUCCUAUGCUGAAUUCAAUGCUUGCCCUGAGAAAAGCAGCUGUGUGAACCUGGAGGGCUAUUACAGCUGCCACCCCCAGCAUGGACAUGCCACUGUCACCCCUCACUGGCUGAGCCCAAGGAAGGAAGGCAUGGUAGCAUCUGCUCCAAGUUCAGUAAAUGCUGUUAACACUGGCAGUAGCUCUCCUUCUGUAAGGAAAUCAAGUCUCUUGUCCAUAACCAACCAAUCUACAGAUGCUGAGUGCUAUCCCUCUGCAGUUACAAACCAUCGGAUCCUCAGCGUUACCAGCAACAGCUUUGAAAUGUCCUGGCUUGUCAGUUCCACUCUGAACCACACUUUCCAUGUCCGGGUGGCCAAGGGCAAUGAAACUGUGCAGAACCUGAGGACAGAGGAAAUGCAGGUGGAUGUGUCUCACCUGGAAGCAGGUGUGAUGUAUUCAGUAGAGAUCCGCUAUGAAACUUGUGGGAAAACCAUUAUCUCCCAUCAAAAUGUUAAAACAGAGGCCAAGGUAUUUGAUGUAACUGUGAGGAUUCUCAACUACAACUUCACUGAUGAUUUCCAUAAUUCCAGCAGCUCAGCAUAUGAGGAAUUUUCAAGGAUUUUGCUUACAGAGCUUGAAAAUUCAUUCCCACCCAACAUUUCUGCCUUGUACAAAUCUGGGAAGCUGAAAGUGCAGAUUGAAUCCCUGGCAGCAGGAAGCAUCAUUGUGAGGCUCAGAAUCACCGUGCAGGAUCCCGAGUUUCCAGUGGAUGCUUCCACAUUUGCCCCAGUGCUCUCCUACCUGCACAAUGGCUCUGUGCUAGAGGUGGAUCAGCAAAACACUGCAGUAGAAGACUGGGAUGAAUGUGCUUCCCAAGCUGACAAUGACUGCUCAGUGUUUGCAGAGUGCAUCAAUUUGAUGGGCUCCUACAUGUGCAGGUGCAAGACAACCAUGGAUACCAAUCCAUCCCGACCUGGAAGAAACUGUGAGGGUGAGAUUGUGGAUCCUCUCACCGAAACCGUGGCUCCUGAAAUAAAAACCAGCAUGGACUUGGCUCCUGAGGAAGGCAGAAGCCCUGCAGGCCCUGCCACCAUGGGGACAGCGGCUGCUGCAGGCCCCACGUCUGGUGCCACCACACUCCUCCCUGCUGCGCUAGCCUUGGGUGACACAAGAGCGUCCCACAAUCCCACCAGUGCUCCUCCAACCCCUUGGCAGAAAGGUCUGUCCCCACAGAUGGCUUUCAGCAGAGACAGCAGCCCUGUGGCAAUGGGGGUCUCUGCCAGCAGGGCACUGCCCAUGGGGACAGCAGCUGCUGCAGGCCCCACGUCUGGCGCCACCACACUCCUCCCUGCUAUGCUGGCCUUGGGUGACAAACGAGUGUCCCACAGUCCCACCAGUGCUCCUCCAGCCCCUUGGCAAAAAGGUCUGUUCCCACAGAUGGCUUUCAGCAGAGACAGCAGCCCCAUGGCAGUGGGGGUCACCCCCAGCAGGGCACUGCCCAUGGGGACAGCGGCUGCUGCAGGCCCUAUGUCAGCCUUCCAGAAACUUAGUGGCACAGUUCGGAUAACAAACACGGAAUACUCGCCAGGCUUUAACAAUAACAGCAGUGAGGAAAAUCAAACCUUUGCACAGCUCUUUGUUGCUGAAGUGCAGAAAUCUCUGCCCCUUGAGGUGCUGCAGCAGAUGGAUGCUGGUCUGAUUCAAGUGCUGGUAACUGGUGUUACUAAUGGGAGCACAGUGGUAAGUUUCAAUUUGCUGCUUGCAGAAGAAGUGGAUGCCCACCAUGUCAUCAGCACUUUUUGUGAGGCCUUGGAACACAGCUCCCACUUCACCAUGGACAGGAGCAGCCUCUCCACACACGCACUUCCCUUCAGCCAGAAGGCAACAGUGACAGAUAAGAAACCUGUGAACAGUGCAGUUUUACCUGUGACAUCUCUGCAAACUUCAGCUCAUGUUUCCUCCCUUGCUUCACUGGACUUCUCUCCUGCUGAGCACAAAGCUCUGGAGGACCCCAUGUUCUCCAGCACAGUGCUGAGUCCUCUCGCCAUGGAUCCCAUGGCAGCUCCUGAUGUUUCUCCUCAAGCACCUCCAGCCCCCCUGGUUUCCAUUAAAGACGCUGUGAGUGUGUUUUGUGAGAUUGAGAGGAUUGUCCUUGCCAUCCAGAAGAGGUUCCUGCAGCAGGAGUCCAUCCCAGAGAGUUCCCUGUUCCUGGGGGAGCCUGGCUGCAAUGUGAGCACCAGCAAUGGCACCCACGUCGUGCUGCAGGCGGGCUGGAGCGACUGUGGCACCCAGGUUGAGACCAACAUGACUACUACUGUGGUGAGGACCACCCUUCGGAAUGAUGUUUCUGCUCAGGGAAUAAUCCACCACUUGAACAUUGCCAGUCCCAUCCACUGUGUGUUUCAAAACGAUGUCUUAACUUCCUCUGGGUUCACUGCAGAAAGACUUUACACCAUCUUUGAGGAUUUGCAUGGACCUGGAUACUUCAGGACAGAAAUGCAGUUGUUCAUUGGGAGCUCCCCAGUGCCCAGAAAUUUCAGUGUCUCUGCCAGUGAGGAUGUGCUGAUGGAGGUGGGGAUGCAGAGGGCAGACAGCCAGCUCAAGGUGGUUCUCACUGACUGCUGGGCCACUCCAACCAAUAAUUCAGUGGAUCCCCUGCCAUUUGUUUUCAUCAGCAACAGCUGCCCCAUCCCAAAUACUUACACCACGCUGGUGGAAAAUGGGAAUUCAAGCAAAGCUCAGUUUAAGAUGAAAAUUUUCUCCUUGGUCAACAACUCUGUGGUUUACUUACACUGCAGAAUUCGUAUUUGUGUGGAGUCACCAGGAAGCACCUGCAGGACUAGGUGCCAUGCAAGGACUCGGCUCCUGAAGGCUGGAGAAACCAUCUCCCUGCACAGAACAUCCUGGGGACCCCUGUGGAAAUCAGCUGCAUCUGAUUCCAAGAGAGAGAAGGAGGCUGGAGUGGGAAUUGGAUCCAUCAUCCUCAUAGCCCUUGCUGUGCUUGGUUUUGUGCUGGGAGUUGUGACCCUGCUCAUUUUCCAGUACCAGCGAAAGACAGGAAGAUGCAACCUCAGGAUCAAGUCUGACAACUUCAGCUACCAAGUGUUCUAUGAUUAGUGACUCACAUUGGAAUCAUAUCUCAUCACACGGAGAACUGAAGUUUGUCUUCACUCAACAUUUGACUUUUCUUGCUCUGCACAUCACUGACUCUUUCAAAUUAUUGUAAUAUAUAAAAAGCUUCUAUACCCCCUUUCUCCCCUGCAUGUUGUUUUUUCUUAGCAAUCUGGUUCUUCCCUGGUAUCCUGAGAACUCUUUGUGACAACAGCUUCAGGUUGAAGUGAAUUUUGGCAGUUUUUCCACUGGUAAAAUAGGAGGGAAGAAAACAAAGACAUCUGGCUCUCUCUUUGAGUUUCAAGAUCUGAUUUCUCACUGUGACAUAUCACUAUGUGCUCAUCUUAGCAUCAUUUCUGCUAUUAAUAUUGACAAGCUGCAUGUUUCCAUUGAUAUUCAAGGAAGUAAAUCAGCAAAGCCUCAGAGAUAUUUCUUUUUCAGUUUGUAAUUUGCUGUUUACUCAGGGUGAGGUUGAAACUUUGAGCUGCAACAGCGUUGAAGAGCCAAUUGUGCAACGCCCUAAGUAUACAGAAGCUGGGGAACCAGCACUGGACUUGCUACCCAGUAAGGAAAUCCACUGUGGAUCUGGGCUUUAACCUGCUCAGGGUGUUCUUCAGCAUGAGUUUUUAAAUUUGAUUCAUUCUGCAAUUGACAAGGUUUCAGUGGAAAAGAAAGAAAAAUCGAAAAAGAAACUAUUUUUGUUGCUGGCAGCCCAUGUUUUUUCCAGUUAAAUCAAUUGGUCCCUGUGUAUUCAGCUCAAUUAAACCCUAAUGAUUGUGCAGUGAAGCCACACGCUGCUGCCCACCUAAGUGAGAGCUCUCCAAUUGCAAAUGAAGAGUUAAAUUUGACCUGAAUUAUUCCUGGCUGCACGACCAUCAGUGCAGCAGCACAGGCUCCCCGUGCACAGUCCACUGGGUACAACAACAGUCUGGUCAGCUGCAUAAACUGGAGCAAAAAUCUCUUUAUGCAGGGCUCUCUCCUGGGCUGCUCUUCUCUGCUGCCCCAAAUCUCCUCCUCAGUGAGGGUCUUGGAAGGUGGGAGGGGAAGAGGUGACAAUAACUUGUCCCACCAGCCCUGGAUUCUGUUUGCUGCACCCACUCCUCCUACACAGGGAUAAUCUGCUGUGCCUGGGUCACAUCCAACUCAGUAACUUAUAAAUAAAUUCCUCCUUAAGCUCAAUGGACACCAUUAUAAAUAACUCUCAGUGGAAAAUGGUCCUUAGCUUGAAGUCAUGGAUGUUUCCAGUAGUCACAGCAUUGAGGUGCUGAUUUUUGGGUACAGAAUAGCAUAGGAAAGCGGCUUUUCUAUCCUCCUAGUCCAGUUUCCAUUAGGCAGUAAGAUUACUGGGUAAAAGACUUCCACAUUUUGCAAAAGGUUGAACUGAUUGAUUUUAGAGAUUAUUUAUAUCAAUAAAUUUCAGAGAAAUCAUUUGCAUUCUGCUUUAGAUUCAAGUGACUCUAUAAGGACUAAGACACUUUGACUUGUCUUUUCUUUAUAGAAAUAAGAGUUAUGAGAUCCUGAUCUAAAAAAAAAAUAAAUCCCUUUAGUUGUAAGUGGUGAAACUAUAAAUUAUCUUUGCAGUCUUAGUCUGAUGAACGUGGAACCAAAGAAUGGUUUGGGUUGGAAGGGACCUUAAAGGCCACCUAGCUCCAAGUUCAUGCCAUGGGCAGGGACCCUUCCACUAUCCCAGGGUUCUCAGCCUGCCCUUGGACACUUCCAGGGAUGGGGAGUCCACAACUUCCCUGGACAACAACAUAACCAUGAGUUCUUGUUGUGUAGGAGUCUCAACUUUUGCUCAAUUUGCUGUCAAAUGUGCAAUGUGUUUGGCUUCUGCACUCAGUGACAGGCUCAGCUAUUUUACUAUAAAUAUUUUUCUAGAUUUUAGUAGUUACAAUCCUGAACUUCUUGGAGGUGACAGGAUUAGAGAUCUCCCUGUUGAUUUUGGUGGAGCUAUGCCAUUUUCAAAAGCUGAGCACCACUCCUCUGGAGGAAAUGUGAACCAGUAGCUUGCAUUUGAUGCCUUGCUUGCUCAGCAGAAACUGUUGUGACUGUG